AUGGUUAAAACCAAGGGAAAAAAUAAGAAAAAGAAAUUAGAAAAAAAGGUCAAAGAGGUAAAACAUGAGGAUGAUGAAUAUGAAGAUAUGGAUGCUGACGAUCAAACCGAUCAACCAACACAGCAAGUCUAUUUACCAGGUGAUCCAUUAGAUGAAGACGAAGAACUUGUUCGAGAAGAAAGCGCAUAUGAAAUGUUUCAUGAAGCACAAACAGGAGAUCCAUGUUUAAGCUUUGAUAUCUUACCCGAUAACUUGGGUACAGAUAGAAAUCAAUAUCCACAUACAGUGUUUAUUGUUUGCGGAACACAAGCAGAGAAGUCUGAUCGAAAUAGUGUUAUGGUUGUUAAAAUGUCGAAUUUAACGAAAACUUUGAAAGAAACAUCGUCCGACGCUGAAUCAGAUGAAGAUGAUGAUGAUGAUGAUGAAGAAGAUGCUAAACCAGAGUUCGAAUCAGUUUCAUUGAAACAUUUUGGUGGCGUUAAUCGAAUACGAUCAACAAUGAUCAAUGAUCGUAAAAUAGCAGCGACAUGGUCUGAUACUGGUAAAGUUCAUAUUUGGGACUUAAGUCGAUUGGUACAUGCUGUGAAUGAUUCAUCUGUGAUGGCUGCGUAUACUCGAAAUCAAGAAUCACCAAAUGCUUUAUUUACAUUUAAUGGACAUAUGACAGAAGGUUUUGCUAUGGACUGGUCGCCAGUAGUACCAGGAGUACUGGCAACCGGUGAUUGUUCAAAAAAUAUCCAUGUUUGGAAACCGACUGAAACCGAAUGGGCUGUUGAUCAAAGGCCAUAUAUCGGUCAUACAUCAUCCGUAGAAGAUAUUCAAUGGUCGCCUAAUGAACAGAGUGUUUUUACUUCGUGUGGUGUUGAUCGAAGUAUACGCAUAUGGGAUAUUCGUGCGAUGCCAUCGAAAGCUUGCAUGUUAACAGAACUCGAUGCACAUACAUCCGAUGUUAAUGUGAUUAGCUGGAAUAAACAUGAACCAUUUUUGAUCUCUGGUGGUGAUGAUGGAUACAUCAAAGUUUGGGAUUUACGACAAUUCUCCAAACAAACACCGGUUGCUUCGUUUAAACACCAUCGUUCAGCUAUUACCAGUGUCGAAUGGCAUCAUACUGACUCAAGUGUGUUUGCCGCAGGUGGUGCUGAUAAUCAAAUAACACUAUGGGACUUAGCAGUUGAAAAAGAUAGCGAAGAAAAGAAAGAGCAAGCAGCUGCUAAUGAUAACAAUCAUAUUGAAAACUUGCCUGAUCAGUUACUUUUUAUUCAUAUGGGACAAACAGAUAUCAAAGAAGUACACUGGCAUAAACAAAUACCUGGAUUAUUACUCAGUACCGCACUAUCCGGUUUUAAUGUCUUUAAAACAAUCAGUGCUUAA